GGUUCCUGAUCGCAGGUCCUGGAAACCUGGGGAUCAUGGAUAUUGAAGCAUAUUAUCAAAGAAUUGGUUACAAGAACCCUAGGAACAAAUUGGACUUGGAAUCACUAACAGACAUUUUUCAGCACCAGAUCCGAACUGUUCCCUAUGAGAACCUUAGCCUUCACUGUGGGGAGUCCAUGGAGUUGGACUUAGAGGCCAUUUUUGAUCAAAUUGUCAGGAGGAAUAGAGGUGGCUGGUGUCUCCAGGUCAACUAUCUUCUGUACUGGGCUUUGACUACCAUCGGUUUUGAGACCACAAUGUUAGGAGGGUUUGUUUAUGGCAAUCAUAAUGACAAAUACAGCACCGGCAUGAUUCACCUCCUAAUACAGGUGACCAUCAAUGGCAGGAACUACAUUGUCGAUGCUGGGUUUGGAUGCUCCUCCCAGAUGUGGCAGCCUGUGGAGUUAAUUUCUGGAAAAGAUCAGCCUCAAGUGCCUUCCAUAUUCCGCUUGAGAGAAGAGGGAGAAACCUGGUAUGUGGACCAAAUCAGAAGACAGCAACAUGUUCCAGACCAAGAAUUUCUUAAUUCUGAACUCCUGGAAAAUAAAAUAUACCAAAAACUCUACUGCUUUACUCUUCAACCUCGAACAAUUGAAGAAUUUGAGUCUGCAAACACAUAUCUUCAAGAAUCCCCAUCAUCUGUGUUUUUGGACAAAUCAAUUUGUUCCUUGCAGACCCUAGAAGGUGUUCACACUUUAGUGGGCCUCAUCCUCAGCUCCAGAACAUACAAUUAUAAGGAAAAUACAGAUCUGGUAGAAUUUAAAGUUCUGACUGAGGAGGAAGUGGAGGAAGUGCUGAAGACUAUAUUUAAUAUUUCCUUGGGAAAAAAGCUUGUGUGCAAAAAUGGUCAUUUGUCUUUCACUAUUUAGAAUAGGGAGCAAAAAUCAU